UCGCAGCUCCAGAAGGUUCUGGACCGAAUGAGUCUGCUGGGUCCCAGGGACACACCGUUUGCUGUGGGUGAUGCGUUCCCAAGGAGGAAAUGUUCAGCUUGACACUGACGGGGGUUAAGCGUCUACCACGCAGAGCUGCCUAGAGACAAGAGGGUCCCUGUUUCAGGAGGAUGGAUUUCUGGUGCUGGAAGGAUUUUUGUCUUCGGAUGAAUGUGUAGCCAUGCAACAGAGGAUCGGCGAGCUGGUGGCCGACAUGGACGUCCCUCUCCACUGCCGCACCAUCUUUUCCACCCAGGAAGAGCAGCUGAAGAUCCUGGACAGCAGAGACUAUUUCUGGAACAGUGGUGACAAGAUUCGAUUCUUCUUUGAGAAAGGCGUUUUUGACGAGAAAGGAAAUUUCCUGGUCCCUCCUGAGAAAUCCAUCAACAAAAUUGGCCAUGCUCUGCACGCGCGUGACCCUGUCUUCAGGAGUGUCACACACUCCCCCAAAGUGCAGGCCUUAGCGAGAAGUCUGGGCCUCCAGAUGCCCGUGGUGGUGCAGAGCAUGUACAUCUUCAAGCAACCUCACCUGGGUGGCGAAGUCACUCCUCACCAGGACGCCACCUUCCUGUACACGGAGCCCCUGGGCCGGCUGCUGGGCAUAUGGAUAGCACUGGAGGAUGCCACGCUGGAGAACGGCUGUCUCUGGUUCAUCCCAGGCUCCCACACCAGUGGGGUGUCGAGAAGGCUGAUCCGGGCCCCGGGUGGCUCUGUGCCUGUCACCAGCUUCCUCGGGUCCGAGCCUGCCUGGGAGAACAGCCUCUUUGUGCCCACACCAGUGCGGAGAGGGGCCCUCAUCCUAAUCCACGGAGAAGUGGUGCACAAGAGCGAGCAGAACCUCUCGGACCGCUCACGCCAUGCCUACACUUUCCACCUCAUGGAGGCCCUGGGCACCGUCUGGAGCCCAGAGAACUGGCUCCAGCCAACAGCUGAGCUCCCCUUCCCCCCACUGUACACCUAGACGCCCUCUCAGGGCCCGGCCUGGUCCCUCCAGCCGAAGCUGCGGCGUGGCAAGUGCCCACACCUCGCCUCCCUGCCCAGCUGCAAAGGGGAAGUCGAGUCUCCCCUCCGGCGCUUUCUCCCUGCCAGGGUGCUCUCCCUCUCUCAGCGUGGAGUGGGAGGCGGCACCUACACUGGAUGGCUUUCCAGAGACUUCUGUCUCCUCUGCCUCCCCCCGCCCCAGCCCAGUCUCCCCCUAGAGGCUGCUUGUUACCAGGAGAGGGUUCUGGCUGCUUCUCUGCCAGCCUCCCCCUGUUCUCUCCCCUCAGAUGGAGUUCUGAUUGGUACAGUGCAGGAUAUUCAAUAAAAGCGACUUCCGGAUA